CUUGCGAGCAGUGAUAUCGUUCAAUAGCCAAAGAGCGAGCGUUCCGUUCGGUCGCCAGAAAAAUCAGUAAAAGCGAAAGCUCCAAGCCAUAAACCACGUAAACCAAAAAGCGAGCGGGAGUUCCCCUGACGGAAGCAGACGAUCCCCCAACCGACAACACAAUUGGAUAUUUUGACCUUAGUCGCGAAGCGGAUUGCUCAUCAUUUUCGCCGAAUGGUGUUCCCCCAGAGAAGACAGACAGAAAAGUCAUAGAUUCCACUCCCCCAAACUAAAAGAGAUAAAGAGCCAGUUAGCUGAGAAUGAGCUGUUAGACAAAAAUUUGUGUGGUGAUUUUUUCGUUCGAUUAGCAACGGAAAGCAACAAAAUAGAAACAAAAACAAAAACCAUACAAAGCUGAGGUAAUUCACACAAAAAUGGGCGUUCGAGUGAUAGAGACGGAUUCGGCCAGUGAUUCCUAUGACGAUGACGAGUGCUCCACUUGCCAGCAGGAGGAAAAACAGCAGCAAGGCAAGACUCCCAACAAAACCAAGACCAGGAGCACUACCACGCUCCCGGAGACCACCUCCUACAGCAGUAAGGACCUGGUGGGCAACUUCAAGGAAUAUCGCAUCGAAAACAAUACCCGGGACCUUCGUAUUAUCGGAAAUGGCAACCGGAUACGGAUUGUCAGCAAUACCGGAAAUCUGCAAAUCAUUGGCAAUGCCACCCGCCUCAAGAUCCAGAGCAAUAACGGAUCUUUGAAGUAUACAGGAAACGAUGGGAGGAUCUACUUGGGCAGCAACUCGCCGCAGCAAAACGUGGAUUACACCGGCUGCAAUGGGUUGCUCAAGGUGGUCAAGUCUCUGGAUCUCAGCGGGAGCGGUAGCAAAAAGCCAAGCAGGCGAAGUCAAGCUGGCAAGCCGAGGGAGUCCCCCCAGACGCCCUCUUCCGGGGGCAUCGAGAUUGACAGCAAUCUCACCGUAGUCAAUGGAGUGUCCGGAAACAUUGUGAUCAAGAAUGCCAUCAACGUGAGCAUUUGAAACGUUGGAGCUCUCUAAGUCAUCCCCAAAGAUUAGUCUAAUUCUUGCCGCCGAACUGAAGAGGUUCCUAAUGACUGAAAAAAGUCACUUUUAGUCUUAUCUGCGACUUCCGACUGCAACAAUUCAUUCACCAUUGAUCAAGUAUUAGCUACAAACAUGCAUCCUAGUGUACUUAGUCUAUUUAUAAUGAUAGUUAAAACCAUGAUGAACAAAGCCCUAACUUCAUUCUAAGAAUGAAUGAUCUGAUUAACCCAAACCUAAAAAAUAUAUAUUUAAAAUAAUUACCAAA